AUGGCGACUGGGACGACCUCCUCAAAUCCUCUCUUUUCAUCGACGUCUCUAGGCAACGUCGGCAGCGUGCCAUCCACUCCUGUGCAAGGUCAUUCCUCCCGGACAGCUGGCUCCGAAUUCAAUAGCCAACCCGUUGGGUCGCCAACAUCCACGCUUUCUGGUCUCGGUGACUCGACCUCUCGGCCCAUCUUCCGGUCGAGCUUUGUUCAGUCAAUGCAAGCGCCUGGUACACCUCUAAGGCCCCAAAACAAGAUUAUCAGAUCCGACCCCUCACUGCUCACGGCAUUUGACCCGGCGGAUCGCGAGCUAUACGAUCUUUGGGCACCGAAACACUAGUAGGCAAGGCUGUAUUGUCAUGGAAUCACAGAGUAUCAAGGAACAUGGCCAAUCCUGAACCAACAGAAACUCCAAUCCUGCCUCUUCUUAGAUCUCGAGCGGCCUGGUAACAUCGUGCCGGCUUUGGUAUCGGUGGAGGAUUUUUGUGCUUGGAGAGCGGGGUUGGCGAUAGAAGACGAACUAGAUAAUGGCGGGAUCGGUGUUUCAACGGAUUGUGUUCUCUGUGGUUCAGGAAUGGGAUUUGCAAGUUUAGGCGGCGAAGAUGUGCGGGCUGACGACUUCCGCGACGGAAAAAUUGUGGCAUUCCCUUCGAUCCUCGGCGUAUUCUGGAUCCAGCCACAUAUCAGGCAGGUUGUUUGCAUGACCCGGUCAUUCUUCGUGUUCCGGGGACGCUUCACACGGACGCUUCGCACGGAGCUAUCUCCGCGAUGGAGCGCGCACCCGCACCGCAGGCAGCAGUAAAGAGUCGAAUGCACGCGAGACGCAUGCAGCGAGGAUAAAUUGGGUGCAAUGGGCAAUAAUGUAAAGGGCAAAGCUAGCUGGAAGCGCCGAGUCGCGUCGUCCAUGAAAG